AUGGGUCAACGAUCGUUAGUUCCAGAAUCCGACAACCAACGUCAAUGGUCGUCGUACACUCCGAGUUGUUUUUCAGAUGACGUCUGCUUGUAUAUCAUGUCCUUUAUGGAAUUUAAUAAUAUCAAGACGUGUUUUUUGGUUUGCAAACAAUGGAAUUUCAAUGCGACAACAAUUCCAAUAUCUUUAAGUUAUCAACAUUGUAAUGAAUUGGAAAAUAGAUUGAAAUUAAUGUCCAAAUGUAAACAAUGGAAUAUUACGUCAUUGGAUCUGUCAAGUAACUCAAUUAAAAAAACAAACAUGAUUGAAAAAAUUGCAAAUUCUGACUAUUCGUCACAUUUGACAAAAUUGAAUUUAGAUAAUAAUGAAAGCUUGGGAGAUGGAGCUUUUUUAGUAAUUGCAAAAUCCCCUAAAUUACAUAACUUGCAAGUCUUGAGUGCAACGAGGUGUAGCAUCACGGACAUGGGUGUGAAAGCAUUGGCUCGAAGUGCCAACAUGUCCAACCUCAGAGAAUUGUGCUUGUACGGAAAUUAUAUCAGCCACCAGGGAGUACGAGCUCUUUGCACGAGUUCAUUUAUGAGUCAAUUGCAAGUACUUGACAUUGGUAAAUCAAUAAUUGGACAGGAAUCCGUAGAACUCCUUUCGAAAGGAAAUUUCACAGAAUUACGUUUAUCAUGUUGUUAUGUUGAAAACGUUGGAGCUAUUUCAAUCGGUAAAAGUCCUCAAAUGCGUAAUUUAAGAGUUCUGGAUUUGGAAUCCAAUUCAAUAGGACAAGUAGGAGCUUUGGCAUUGGUAGGAAGUGAAUAUAUUCAGACAAAAGUGACAAGUUUAAAUUUCUCCAAGAACUCUCUUGGAAAAUCUGGUGCCAUGACAAUUGCUGAGAACAUGUCAAAUUUAACAUAUCUAAGUUUGGACGAAACUAAAAUUCAAGAAAAAGGAGCAAUUUCCAUCGUCACAAGUUCAAACAUGAGAAAUCUGACCAUUCUUUCCAUGAGAAAUAAUUCUCUUGGAACAGAAUUUGCUUCCAAGCUAAGUUCAAGUCACUACUUGACACAAUUGAAAGAAUUGAAUCUUCAUUCCAACAUGUUAGGAGAUGCAGGAGUGACAAGUAUCGCAUCAAGUGAACAUCUGAAAAAUCUCAUCAAAUUAGAUCUAGGUUUAAAUAAGGUGGGUGAUGAUGGAGCGUACAGCAUUGCCUCAAGUAGUUACAUGUCUAAUCUCACCGAGUUAGAGUUGUCUUGCAAUGAUUUUACAGAUAGCGGUGAAGUGGCAUUGAAACAGAGCAAGUAUUUCCAAAAGACAAGUAUUCGAACAUUUGGCUGCAAAAAACUGUCUUCCUACUUGCCACCAUUGAGUCAUUGA